CUAAUUCUCUCUUCAAUUUUCUCCUCUUCAAUGGCUCGAAACAGGGUAAAAAUAUCGCCUUCCAAACGUCGACCCUUUAGCGUUUCUUCUUCUCAUUCUCUCUAAUUUCUUGUUUUCCUUUCCUCUUUUGGGUUGCAAUUCCCCAUUGCUUUUGUUUCAUGUCAUUUGCGUUUAUUUAAUGCUAGUAGUUUUGGGUUUAUAUGACUGCUUAGACAAAAUUUUCAAUGGAAGGGAUGGUUUUGCUGCUUGAUGUUGGUCCUUUAAUGCACGCUAUGCUUCCCGAGGUUGAAAAGCUCUGCUCCAUGCUAAUCCAGAAGAAGCUUAUUUACAGCAAGAAUGAUGAAGUGGGAGUUGUUGUAUUUGGAACUGAAGAAACUAACAAUGAGCUGACAAAGGAAGUGGGUGGAUAUGAUCAUGUUGUGGUCUUGCAAAAUAUCAAAGUUGUUGAUGGAGACCUGGUUGAAGCUGUACGGCACGUCCCUCAUGGGACUGUCAAUGGUGAUUUUCUUGAUGCAAUUAUUGUUGGGAUGGAUAUGCUGAUCAAGAAAUAUAGAGAAACAUACAAAGGAAAGAAACGCCUAUGUCUUAUUACAAAUGCACUAUGUCCUAUUAAAGAUCCUUUUGAAGGAACAAAAGAAGAUCAAGUCAGCACAAUUGCUGAACAAAUGACUGCACAAGGCAUGAAAAUGGAAAGUAUUAUUGUGAGGGGAAGGUUAAGCCAGGAUGCAGAUAAGACAAUUAUAGAUGAGAAUGAUCGUCUGUUGAAUCUCUUCCCGAAGAAAACACGAACAAGGACAGUCUAUGUUGACAGUCCAACUUCAUUGUUGGGAGCUCUUAAAACUCGAAAGAUAACUCCAGUAACAAUCUUUAGAGGUGACCUUGAAAUCAGCCCAAAAAUGAAGAUUAAGGUUUGGGUUUAUAAAAAAACACAAGAGGAGAAGUUUCCUACUCUUAAGAAAUAUUCUGAUAAAGCACCUCGUACUGAUAAGUUUGCUACGCAUCAAGUCAAGGUUGAUUAUGAGUAUAAAAGUGUCAGUGAAUCAAGUAGAGUUGUACCCCCAGAGCAAAGGAUCAAAGGCUACCGUUAUGGACCCCAAGUGGUACCUAUAUCUCCUGAUGUAUUGGAUGCUGUCAAGUUUAAGCCGGAAAAAGGAGUGAAGUUACUGGGAUUUACUGAUGCCACAAACAUACCACGACACUAUUACAUGAAAGAUGUCUGCUCUUUUAUUGCUGAACCUGUUAAUGCAAGGGCUAUUCUUGCUGUUUCUGCCAUGGCAAGAGCAAUGAAGGAAAUGAAUAAGGUUGCAAUUUUACGUUGUGUUUGGAGACAGGGACAGCAAAGUGUUGUCGUGGGGGUCUUGACACCUAAUGUUUCAGAAAAUGAUAAAAUUCCUGAUUCAUUUUACUUCAACAUACUUCCUUUUGCUGAGGAUCUUCGAGAAUUUCAGUUCUCUUCUUUUAGCAGUUUUCCUUCUUCAUGGCAACCAAAUGAACAACAGCAAGAGGUGGCAGAUUACUUCGUGCAAAUGCUUGAUCUUGCACCCUCUGGCAAAGAAGAAUUGCAGCCUGACUUAACACCCAAUCCUGUUCUGGAGAGGUUUUUCCGUCACCUUGAGUUGAAAUCGAAGCAGCCAGAUCCAGCUGUACCUCCACUUGAUGAAACCCUAAGGAAGAUUACUGAACUUGACCUGCAGCUUGUUACUGAAAAGAAGUCUGCAAUUGAGGCAUUUUGUAGAUGCUUUGAAGUCAAGGAAAAUCCAAAGCUGAAGAAAAAAACCAGGCGUUUUCUGCGAGAUAAACCAUCUGCAUCAAGCGGUGAGGAUUGUAAUGGAGAUGUAUCUGAUGCUCUAGCUGUAAAUUCUGUUGAAACAGCUCCUCCAGUUAAAGUGGAGAAAAUUGGAGACUUGACCCCUAUACAAGAUUUUGAAGCCAUGAUGUCUCGAAGAGAUAGCCCAAAAUGGGUUGGUAAAGCGAUAAAGGAAAUGAAAGAUAAGAUCUCUCUCCUGGUGGAAUACUCCUCUGAAAGUGAACUUUAUCCUAAAGCAGUGGAAUUUUUAGUUGCACUUCGCAAGGGUUGCAUCCUUGAGCAGGAGCCCAAAGGGUACAAUGAUUUCUUGAGGCAUCUUUGCCUCCUAUGCAACAAGAAAGGCAACAAAAGUUUCUUUCAAUUUCUUGCUUCCAAAGAACUCACCUUGAUACCCAAGUCAGAAGCUGUAGACAGUGAUGUUACAGAUGAUGAAGCUAGAAGCUUUUUUGUUAGAACAAAGCCAAAACCUGAGGACUAGUCUGAAGUUCAACUUCUUGUAGCUCGUCUGUCUCAAAAUUAAGUGCAGUAAAUAUAAGCAUUUUUGUUAAAUCAAGUAUGUCCAUAGAUUUCUUUUCAAAAAAUGAACCCUUGCAAACUGUGCGAGUCAGGGAGAUAGCAAGCAACAGUUUGUAAUUAAGGGUUUUGUUGAAUUGUCUUCAUAUUCUAGUAAUGACAGUGAAACUUGUUAUUCAUUGUUUGGUUUUCUAGUCCUUGGUUUGUGAUUCCACGAACAAGGAAACUGAGGCAGAGCGAAUAAUUGUACCUCUCUCUUUUAUUGCACUGCAACAUAAUCUAUUACUACCUGGGAAAUAACAACUUAUUGAUCUG